UGUCACAGCCCGUGGCGCGGAAGGUGGAGCUGGGCCAUGGCUGGGCCUCUAAAGUGAGCUCUUCAGUCUCGGACCGAACUCCUCACAGGAUGAAUCGAUAGCUCCCUCCUCCUCCAGUGCAGGCUCGACCCUCCCCGGCCUUUUACUCCGCGCCUGUAAGAUGUUUGACAUCAAGAUUAUGACCGCCAUCGGGGUUGGCUUGCUGAUCGCCAUAGUCCUGCUGAUGUUCUGUGUCACCAGCCUUCUCUUCAAACUGACCGGCAUAUUGAAAGCUCCAAAGCUACCGGUGUGUUUGGUCUUAAAAAGUUACCCGUCCACGGUCACCAGGGACAAGAUCACCGCGGCCUCGUCCAUCACCGCCGGCUGCUACCCCGGCCUCCAGCUCUUCGACGAGUGUCAGCUGUGUGCCGACACCAAGUCCCUGCCGCCCGGCUUCUGCGACGUGAGCGAGGGGCUCUGACGCGGCGGGCACGGCGCCCGCAGGAGCGACCUUUCUUAGCAGAAUGUUUUAUUCGAGAUGUUUUAUCGUGUUCCCUUGUUAUGUGCUACAGGAUGUUCGUGUGCUUUUGAAUAAACGCAGAAUUGAAAGAACCCUCUA